AGGAGGCGGGAGAAUAACGCGCGUCUGACAGCAGCUCCCUUUAUUUUCUCAUUUGUUGCGCAUCAGUCUGAUGAUGAUGAUGAUGAGCCUUCACGCGUCUGCUGACUGACCGGUGUGUGUGUGUGACUGACAGAUGAAUGUCUUGUAUCUGUGCUGCUCCUUCACAUUCGCUUUUAUAUAAGCGCGUCUGUUGAGCGCACGGCUCGAGACAUCACCGUGACAACCGGAGAAGAGAAUCACCGCGACCGCUCGGAGAUGCUGGCCGGUGUCGGAUCGCUUCGGAGCGCCUGGGCCUCAAGGACACGCGGGAGGAGAAAUGAGGAGAAAUGACGGACGGCGCGUGAAGACGAGCGCGUCAAGGGCGAAGGGAGCGUCACUGACGCGCGUUUAUUCAAGGGCGUUCGAACACGAUGAGGAGCCGUCGGAGGGCAGCGCGGCGGGGCGGAGGAAGCGUGAAGGAGAAUCCGUCGUUUUACCGGCACUGAGGUCAAACUGACAGUGAGCUCGUUAUUCACACCUGCGUUUAUCUGACAGGAGAGUAACAACAGGUCAGUGUGUGUGUGUGAGUGUGUGUGUGUGUGUGUGUGUGUGUGUGUGUGAGCGCGUGCGUGCGCGCUCUCGCUGCUCUUUGGCACUGGCAUGGAUGGUGGCACAGCGGGUACCGGGGCUUCCGCGGGCACGGACCCUCGGCCCGCCCGGAACGGCGACUCUAAGCGGCGCAGUAAGAGCAGCCUGCCUUCUCCCGGUUACCGCCUCUCCCAGGCGUCUCUGGAGGGCGAUCGCGGGGAGCCGCUGCCCGGCCGCCGCCGCCUCUCCAUUAUGAGCUCCACGCGCGAUAACGGCCCGUUCCGCCCCGGCACGGCGGCCGGAACCCCGACCACCCCUCUGCCGCUGCCGCUCCCCCACGCCGGCUCCGCCCCGCCCACCGUGCAGCGUUCCGUGGGCUUCGCCGCCUCCCGAGCCGCUCUGGCAUCCACCUCCUCCUCCACCGGCACCGGGAUGGUCGUGGUGGCCGCCCCUGGACCCGAGACCACCACCACCACGGCGGCCGGGAGCCCGGAGGCCGGCCCGGGUCUGGACGGUGAGGACUACAGCUACUCGAACCAGUCCACUUUCAUUCAGAGGCAGUUUGGAGCCAUGCUGCAGCCCGGCGUCAACAAGUUCUCGCUCCGCAUGUUCGGCAGCCACAAGGCCGUGGCGCUGGAGCAGGAGAGGCUCAAAUCGGCCGGAGUCUGGAUCAUACACCCCUACAGCGACUUCAGGUUUUAUUGGGAUCUCCUCAUGCUGCUGCUGAUGGUGGGAAACCUCAUCAUCCUCCCGGUGGGAAUCACAUUCUUUAAGGACGAGAACACACCUCCGUGGAUAAUCUUCAACGUGGUGUCGGACACACUCUUCCUGGUGGACCUGGUGCUGAACUUCCGUACCGGGAUCGUGAAAGAGGACAGUACGGAGAUUCUGCUGGACCCGAAGGCCAUCCGCCAGCGCUACCUGAAGAGCUGGUUCCUCGUGGACUUUGUGUCAUCGAUCCCGGUGGAUUAUAUCUUCCUGAUGGUGGACCUGGAAGCUCGACUGGACUCAGAGGUGUACCGGACAGCUCGAGCGCUGCGGAUCGUUCGGUUCACCAAGAUCCUGAGCCUGCUGCGGCUGCUGCGUCUGUCCCGACUCAUACGGUACAUCCACCAGUGGGAGGAGAUCUUCCACAUGACCUAUGACCUGGCCAGCGCGAUGGUGCGGAUCGUCAAUCUGAUCGGCAUGAUGCUUCUGUUGUGUCACUGGGACGGAUGUCUGCAGUUCCUGGUGCCGAUGCUGCAGGACUUCCCGCUGGACUGCUGGGUCUCCAAGAACAACAUGGUGAACGACACAUGGGGCGUCCAGUACUCGUACGCUCUUUUCAAGGCCAUGAGUCACAUGCUGUGCAUCGGUUACGGUGCUCAGGCUCCGGAGGGAAUGACGGACGUCUGGCUCACCAUGCUCAGCAUGAUCGUGGGCGCCACGUGUUACGCCAUGUUCAUCGGCCACGCCACUGCCCUCAUCCAGUCCCUGGACUCGUCCCGCCGACAGUAUCAGGAGAAGUAUAAGCAGGUGGAGCAGUACAUGUCGUUCCACAAGCUUCCAGCAGAUGUCAGGCAGAAAAUCCACGAGUAUUAUGAACAUCGAUACCAGGGCAAGAUGUUUGAUGAGGACAACAUUCUGGGAGAGCUGAGCGACCCCUUAAAGGAGGAAAUUGUUAGCUUCAACUGCCGUAGCUUGGUGGCUAACAUGCCUCUCUUCGCUAACGCUGACCCAAACUUCGUAACAGCAGUGCUCACAAAGCUGAAGUUUGAGGUGUUCCAGCCCAAUGACUUCAUCAUUCGCGAGGGAACCGUUGGCCGUAAAAUGUAUUUCAUUCAGCAUGGACGGGUCAGCGUACUCACUCGUGGAAACAGGGAGACCAAGCUUAGUGAUGGGUCUUACUUUGGAGAGAUCUGUCUGUUGACUCGUGGUAGGAGGACAGCCAGUGUCCGGGCAGAUACGUACUGUCGACUUUACUCCCUCAGUGUGGGCAGUUUCAAUGAGGUUCUGGAAGAGCAUCCCAUGAUGAGACGGGCCUUCGAGACAGUGGCAGCAGACAGGCUUGAUCGCAUCGGUAAGAAGAACUCAAUUUUGUUGCGCAAGACCUCACAGGGGGGAUCUGUAGCGGGCAGCAGUUUGGGACGGGGUGGAGGAAGCCGGGGUGGAGGAGCAGGAGGUGCCGGUCUGGGUUCUUGUGAUAGUGUUCUGGUCCAGCAGAUUGUGAAGCAUGACAGCAUGCCCACCAUGCAGGACCUCACUGCUGCGGGCAACCGAGGCAGCACCGGAGGCACAGUCUCACCACGACCUCAUCCGGUGAUCUGGGCACCGCUGGUCCACGCUCCCCUCCAGACGGCCGCUGCCACCACCAACGUGGCCAUAGCCUUGAUGCAUCAGCAACAGCAGCAGCAACAAUUGCAACAACAGCUACAACAGCAACAUGCCCUUGGAGCUGCCAUCUUUCUUCCCAUCUCGCCGUCGCCCUCGUCCUGCCCUCUUUCACCUCCCCGUCCACCCAUACUACACCCACGGCAGUCGCUCAGCUCCCUCAUUGGUGUGAUGGGCAGUCUGCCCCCGCGAGGAGUCCCGUCCUCUAUAACACCUUCACCGUCGCCCUCCACUAUGGGACCGACCGCUGUGGCUCCUUCGGCAGGCGGAGUGGUAAAAACUCCCCCCACACCUGCGUCGUCAGUACCCGCUCCCCUGCAGGCUAGCAGAACACUUCAUUACAGUCUCCGCCUCCACACAGAGCCCACAACAUCACCUGUCCAUAAAGUCCCGCCUCCCUCCUCAACGGUCACAGCGCCGUCUGUCGAAGGACGCAACAUCGGCUCCGGGCCACAGGGGGCGAAAGAGGCUCUACUACGUCAUGUUGGAGGAGGUAGCACCCAAGGCCUCCCAAUGAUCGGUCGGCUUACCCAGGAGGCCAGACUGCUCUCCGCCUCCCAGCCGACUCUUCCCCACCGCAGCUGGGUUGGCGUGCAGCCUCACCCACCUCUCCAUCGUAAAGCAUCCGGAGGAAACCUGCUGCCCGCACCCUUCCUUUUAUCCUCAGGACUCGCUAGAGGAGGAAGCGCAGGUGUUUUGAGCUCAAAUGCACAACAGCCUGGUGCUGCACAGAUGCCUCUACACACACCCCUACUGUUGCCCUCUCAGCUGACGCAUACACCUCCACUCACAUCAGCUCCAGGAUCUGCUCCACCACCCCUUGCCCUCUUCUCGUCCUCCCCAAAGCAAACUCCUCUUUGUUCCACCAACCCUCCUUUAUCUCUCAUGGCUACAUCUUGUGGUCUAGGGGUUCCUCAAACCCAGCGAGCCAAACCUGGCACUGCAAUACAUACUCCUCCUUCAACCUCUCCUCCUCCUUGCCUACGCCCUCCUUCUCCCUCUCAUUCCACCUCCACAUCUCCAACUUCAUCUUCCGGCAUCUCUUUGGCUCAGAAUUCCCGUACUAAACCCUCUCCACCACCUUUAUCCUCCACCACCAACUCAACACCCACCAUCACUCCUUCUCAAACCCCCACCCCAACUCGAACCCCAACCCCUAUUCAAACCCCCAUUCAGACCCCCACCCAAUCUAGAACACCAGUGGCCAUCCAAACCCAAUCCCAGGGUCGGUGUCCAACUCCCGGCACUGCAAUACCUACUCCUCCUUCAACAUCUCCUCCUCCUUGCCUAUGCCCUCCUUCUCCCUCUCAAUCCAUCUCCACCUCUCCAACUUCAUCUUCCGCCAUCUCUUUGGCUCAGAAUCCCCAUACCAAACCCUCUCAGAUGCCUCCACCACUGUUAUCCUGCACCACCAACUCAACACCCACUGUCACUCCUUCUCAAACCCCCACCCCAACUCGAACCCCAACCCCUAUUCAAACCCCCAUUCAGACCCCCACCCAAUCUAGAACACCAGUGGCCAUCCAAACCCAAUCCCAAGGUCGGUGUCCAACUCCCGUCCAGAUCCCAGCAGCGGCACAAACUCCAACCUCAACCUCCAUUCAGAGUCCACUUCCCACUCAGACUCCAAGUAAACAUCUGAGUUCCACCCCUAGCCAAAGUGCUUCUGUUCAGAUUCCAGCUGCUGUCCAGAUCCUUGGUCCUCCCCCGGCACGUUCUCCGGUCUCCACUCAAACCUCAACUCCGAGCUCUUCUUGGACCCCAGGCUCUCCCAUCAACACCCCAGCCCAAAGCAGACCCUCAACGCCUGUUCUGGCCCAAUCACAGACACACACCCCAUCACCUUCUCCUGCAUCCACUCCAUCUCCUGCUACUUCACAGCCACAGAAGCCAGCUGCCUCCCAGACUCAGACCUUAAACGUUCUGUCCGCUCCUACCUUAGGUCCAUCUCCCAUUCCUGCUUCCACUGCCUCCUCAUCUUCAGUCCUCCAGUCCAUCUCCACCACCUCUGCUUCACCAAAAGAGGCAAAGAAAGAGCAGGACUUGCCUCAGACACAGAGAGAUUCAGAGACAAAGAGACAAAAAUAUCCUGCCAACAUGUGAGGAGAGAGGUGGACGCUGGUCGGAGGCUCAUGGUUUGUCCGUGGUGAGUUCAGGAGAUGAGAUGUCACGUGUCAGCUAUAUCAGUUCAGGCUCUGCAGGUUCCAUGAGCAUGCUGUCUGCAUUUGACCCUCCCUGUUUUGGUCAGUCUUGGCCACGGGAAGGUUUAACACCCCCGACUUUACAUCUACCCUAUCUAAGCAAGGUGAAAACAAAAAAGAGCAGUUUGACUCAGAAGUAGAACCAGUGUGGGAAUAACAAGUAGAAUAUUUUUGUAGCCCUGCUGAGAAAUUUCAAUGGUCUGACUGGUGAACUAACAUAGUCAUGUUGAUCACCAGCAAAACAUGCUAUAGAACCAGCAUGAUCUUUCUACAGAGCCCCUAAAAAGAUGUUUGAUAUUUGCAGAAAAUAAACGCAGGUCUUUUCAACAGAAAAGCCUUUUAAUCUUUCAUAGUAUAGACACAAAUUCUGUCAUUUGCCAAAAAUGUCUUAAAGGGAAUGUAACAGCAGAACUGCCACCACUUUUUGACGCAUUUGCACAGAAUGUUAAAGAUACAAGGAGCAUUUUCAUAUCAGAUCAUUCACAACCUGCAGACAAUAAAAGCAUAACCUGAGUUGAAAUGAUCAAAUUACCGAUGAAUAUUAGUGACUAAACGUUCGUCACAGGGUUAGAACUACAGCAAAUCUUUUUGCACUUCCGUUUAUGAGUCAAUGGAACGUGUCCUUGGGCACUAUACUGGAAUAAUACAUUUUUAGACUGAAAAAAAAAAAAAUGUUUAGACACAGUGGAUUUGUGUUAAUUUAGUGUACACUGCCUGUAAACUAUAAAUGGUGCAUUGUACAUAGUGACUUAAGUAGAAAAUUAAUUUCUACAUGAAAAACAGAACUACAAUUUUAUUGUUCUUAACAAUUUUGUGUACUUGUGUUUGUCUAGCGCCGUCUGUUAAACCAUUAGCCAGUGAUUACCUGAUCAGUAUGCAAAUCAAAAGAAUCAAUCAAUGCAAAAUUAAAUCCUUGAGACCUGAGUGAAGAAUUACCAAAGUACAUAUUUAGGAAAUAAGCUUCCUACCACAUGUAUGAAUUGAUUUUUGCUUUAUAUUCUCUUAGGAAAGGAGAACUUUUGUUGCUAUAGCAAGUUUCCAUUUGGUGCUUCCAUCGGUGCCAGAACAUACGGAGCCCCUGAAGGGACACGGGGAUGGAAAUAAAAUAAGAUUAUGUUUCAAUGCUUUUGCAAGCUCUCACAAAACUUUACGUGGGAGGGAGCAUCACAGUUUGAAUUGUGUUAAAUAUUAUUUUAUUGAUAGUGUCAGCAUGCUCAGAAACCUCUUGACCUGAGUCUGCAUUAACUGACUGACGUUUAAUAUCUGAAUUUUUUGUUUCCAGCUUCUCCCCUCUCGUCUCUUUUUUAAUCACCAAAGUGUAAUAUUUGCCCAUUAUAUAACUAAUAAUUAGCAUCACAGAUGUGACAAUAGUUAUUUAAAUAACUGUAAAGAAUAUAUAUAUAUAUAUAUAUAUAUAUAUAUAUAUAUAUAUACACACACUGUAUAUCAAUAUAAUUCUUUUGAUAAAAAAAUAGAAGCAAUCCAUUAGUAGUUUGUCGUCUCAGGUGUUUGAUGUUAGUUUCGGACAAUAUGACUAUAAAAUUCAUAUUCUCACUCUACUGUAACUGAACUAGUGUUUUGUUUUGAUUGUGUGUUGCACUAAACAGCGAGCGCACAGCAGCGCUUUAGUUCUCAGCCGCUGAUUCCCUGUGAGCGUCUCUGCCUCUCUCUGUCCGUUAGUGUCACGCGCAUCUGAUGCUUUAUGGUCUUUCAUCUGGACCAGAGCAGCUUUCAUCUUUCUCUCGCUCUUGUACUGUAGCCGCUUCCAUUCAGUGACACACACACACACACACACACACACACACACACACACACUUUCCCCGUAUGAAUCUCUCAUGUUGUGCCCAGUGCUGUUCCUUAGUGUUUUGUGCCGAUAGUGAGAUUAUGUCUACUUUCCCCUCCAAUACCAUGUUGCCUAGAUUGCACAUUUAAGGACCAAAUGUUUAUUUUUAUUUGUUCUCACAGCUUUAGCUUUUGAGAAAAAGGAAAUAAUAGUCUAUAAUGAGACAUACAAUGAUAUGUAAGAGAAAUAAUGACGAACAUGUGAAAAAGAUUUUUGCCAAAUCAGAAUAAAGUGAAUUUAGAAUCA